AUGCAGGACUACCGUGAGUUUCGCAAACGCUGUGAAAUCUAUAGAAAGAAGAUGCAAUCGGGCAAUCACACAAGUGAAGUUGUCUACAACCUAGUCACCCUGAUGACUGGGAAGGCAUGGGACUUGGUCGAGGACAUGACCAUGGAUCAGAUGUCAGGAGAUGAUGCAUAUGAUCUGUUGUUCCAGAGGCUGGACAGAGGAUUUCCUUUUGAUCCCCUGACAGAGUUGCCGGACGACGUUGAACAGUACUUCGUGAAGCUGCAAAGGAAACCACAACAGACAUUACAGGAUUACAUGAACGACUACACCCGUUGUGAGAGAAGGCUGAAGGUGACGCACAACGUUGACCUGCCAGAAAAAGUGAGAGCUUGGUGGUUUCUUUGUCGCUCAGGGAUCAACAAGGAGAAGCGUCAACUCAUUCUGACCAAUACAGGAACCACUGGCUUGACCAUUGAAGAGGUGAUGAAGUCGAUGAGUUUCAUUCUUGGACAGGAUUCGACACUUCAAUCUUCAUCCUCAACCAGGUGGACAAGACCCAUGGGCAAGUCAGUUGACACAUUUUACUGUGAUGAAAACGCACAGCAGUAUGAUUGGACAGCUGGAUCGCAAGAGUUCGCAAUUGAUCCCUCUCCAACAUACUAUGGUGAAGAUGACGAAUGGGACGAUUGGCAAGAUGGGUCGACAGAGCAAUUUGAGGACAUAGCAUCGGCAAAGCAUUGUGAGCAGGUGUACGAUGUUGAUGAAUAUGAUGCAACAUGCCAAAGCUCAGAUGAACGCCCUUCGGACCUCUCGUGUGGCAAUGCCGGACACUGGGCAAAGAACUGCCCCACGCCACCAGGUUCUGACAAGAAGAGGAAGAUCGGAGAUGAGUUGGAAGGUGGCGUGAACAUGGUUGAGUCGGUUGAUCCUCCAGAAACAACAACAUUGUCGACAGAAGCCUUUCACAUUGACAUGGAAGACGAUGAUUUUGUUGGUGAUGACACAGCAGUGCAAGACGGAGGUGCAGCAACGGUGUUGGGUUCAGCAUGUCAGAUUCGCAAAUACCUUUGGUUUCUGCUUGAGCAAGGGUUCAACAUUAAUGACAUCCCCAUGCUUUGUUGUGCAAAGGGCUUCAAGUACGGCAACAGCAUGAAAGAGACAACAAACAAGUGCAUUGUUUUGCCCGUGUUCCUCAGCAACAGCCGCAUUGGUGUGUUGACAUACGUCAUUCAAGGAACAGCCCCGAUUUUGGUUGGACGACCAAUGUUGGAACGAUUGGGACUCACCGUUGACUACCGGGCCAAGCAGAUGAAGUGGCCAGAUUCAGAGUGGGAGGAACUCCCAGUUGGAUCAAGAUGUGAGCACCUUUUGCACCUUGGCAAAGACAUUCGUCAGUUCAUUGAGCAGGAACCCCAGAUGGUUUUGUUGCCAAAGGAUGUUGAAUCACACGUUGGCGAGCCCAUCGCGCAUGGAGUGCAGAAGUUGCUGGAACAGGUCAUGGUCUCAAAGGACGUCAAUCUGGCGUCGGAAGCUUCGCAGACAGCAUCGCCGGCUCACACACAUCGUGUGAACGACGGCUUUGAUGAGGAGGCACAGGUCAAAAGGCUACAUGGCCACAUGCUGAGGAAGUUUGAACGUCAAGCUGAAGAGGUGGAAAGAAACGCAGUGCAUUGGCAGAGAGCUACCCAGAGCGUCGCAGAAGAGGACGAUGACAUUGAGAUGCAACCAGUUGAACAACAGCCACAACAGUUGGAAGCAGAAGUUCCAGAUGUUGAGCAAGACAUUCUCAAGUACUAUCGCGAAGAUGCUGACAAGGAGGUGGACUCAGUGACGAGCAAUGCACAGCUUCAGAAGCAAGUCGGCAAAGCAGCAUUCAACUAUGUGGAACAUGAGAUUGAAGAUCUCAUGGAGUAUGACCAAGAAGAUGAAGGCUAUGAACCAACAGAAGUUCCAUCCGACCAUGAAGCAGAGCAAGAAGUUCCAGAUUCAGAGAUGCCAGGAGCAGUUCUGAUGUAUCAACGUGGUCGCAAUGGAGCAUUGACAGACAGACCUAUGUCCAGAGGUUCACCUUCGACAAAUGUCCCAGAACGCCCUCCUUCCCUCAUUGGUGAAGAACAUAAAAGAGAAGCAGAAGGAGAUGUUUCUGAGAUGGCAUUGAAGCGUGCGAGAAAUGCAAUUAGCAUCCCAGUUCCCGACAGUGAUGAGGAUCUUUUCGUUGAGGACGCCUUCAUCGUGGAGAUGGAAGCUGGCACAUUACCCAAAGGCUGGCGACUCAUUGAUGGAGAGUUUGAGCUGGAUGAGGCAUUUCUAGCAGAGGUCAGUGAGAAGUAUAGAAACAGCCGUUAA